ACGAAUAUGCAUAGGCUGGAUAGUAUAAUCAGAAAAAAACUGACUACAUAGCUAUACUUAGCAUUUUUUGCGCUCGUAGUUCAUUCCGUGUUUUCUCCAUGGUUGGCAGUAUAGUAUCAGACAUUCAAAGGUAGUUAGCGGCCCCGAUUCAGGGAAGACUCAUGAAUCGAAUGCCGGUAGACGAUCUGGCUCGGUAUACCGCGGAUCACUGCUCGCUGAAUUGAUUACCAACGCAGGACGCAGAUACAUUGCUUGAAGUAAAAAUCCGCUACUUUCCGUCGUUUGCAGACACCAUCCUGACUGCCCAGGUGGCAUAUCUGUACUGUUGUGUCCGUUGACAACAUUCAUAUUGACUUGCGGUGAUUAAGGAAAAUCAAAGGCAUUUUUGCCUAAAUCUGUUCUCAUUUGUGAGACAGACAUUUCUGAGUCUCAAAUAAUAAACUUUCAAAAUGAAAAGACUAAAACGAAGACUAUCACUGACUCUGCGUGGAGGAGGGCGGGGUAUUGAGGAAUCUCUCUCUGAGCUUACUGAGAGUUUAAAUAUUGAAGAAAAUGGUACCAAAGAAGCAGGUAUUGUGCAUGAAAAUCCCCGUAUAGGUUCUGAUGGGGAAAGCGACCAAGCGUCAGGGACUUCCGAUGAGCCGUACUCACCGGUCAAAGUACGGCAUAGAAACAGAAGACUACAACGAAGACUCAGUGAGGACAUAAAUAAAAGGCUUUCCCUGCCAGCUGAUAUUCGUCUUCCAGAAAGAUUUAUAGAACAGUACAACAAUAGCCUUAGUCCACCUUUUGGCGAGCCAUUAUCAAGAAGACUAAGAAGGGCUUCUUUGUCUGAAAUUGGUUUUGGAAAACUAGAAACGUACACCAAAUUAGACAAGCUGGGUGAAGGUACAUAUGCAACAGUUUUUAAGGGUAAAAGUAAACUGACUGAUAGUCUAGUAGCGCUGAAGGAAAUUAGACUGGAACAUGAAGAAGGCGCUCCGUGUACAGCAAUACGAGAAGUUUCACUCCUUAAAGAGCUCAAGCACGCCAACAUAGUUACAUUACAUGAUAUUAUUCAUACACCAAAUGCGCUUACAUUGGUUUUUGAAUAUUUGGAGAAAGAUUUGAAGCAAUAUAUGGAUGAUUGUGGAAAUAUUAUGAGCAUGAACAAUGUUAUGUUAUUUUUGUAUCAAUUAUUACGAGGCUUGGCUUACUGCCAUAAAAGUCGGGUUCUACACCGAGAUUUAAAACCCCAGAAUCUCCUUAUCAAUGAAAAAGGAGAGUUAAAAUUAGCCGAUUUUGGUCUAGCAAGAGCCAAGUCAGUUCCCACUAAGACCUAUUCCAAUGAAGUCGUUACAUUGUGGUAUAGACCACCUGAUGUUUUACUGGGAUCUACAGAGUAUUCUACGCAUAUUGACAUGUGGGGCGUUGGAUGUAUAUUUUACGAAAUGGCAGCAGGUAGACCAUUGUUUCCAGGCUCCACAGUGGAGGAUGAACUCCAUUUGAUCUGGAAACUUUUAGGAACUCCUACGGAAGACACUUGGCCAGGAAUAAGUUUCAAUGAUGAAUUUCAGUCAUAUAGUUUCCCAUACUAUGAUCCAGAACCGCUUAUAAAUCAUUCACCUAGGAUAGACCCUGAUGGAAUAGAUUUACUUAAGAAGUUAUUACAGUUUGAAGGUAUAAACCGAAUCUCUGCUCGAGAUGCUAUGAAACAUCCUUUCUUCAAGUGCCUAGGAACGAGAAUACAUGAAAUAUCUGAUGUACAAUCAAUUUUUGUUUUGAAUGAAAUAGAGCUUAACAAGGAUCCAGGUUACAGGUCAUCUAUUUUUCCGCAUUCAGGCUCAGGUCGUGGUAGAAGGCAAAGUAUGUUAUUUUAGAUCCAUAGAAGUAAACUUUAUUAAAUGGUAUAAUAUGUAUAUGUCAAGCUUUAUUUAGCUUGCAUUAUGCCAUCGUUACUCUUGGAGAUGUCACACACAGACAGUGUGCACCACAACACUAUUCUCAUUGUACAUGCAUCAGAAAACUGACUGAAAUUUACCAAACCAAUGCUGUAAUUGUGCAAUGAUAAUUAUUGGUAAUGUAACCGCCAACUGUCAGCUUUAUAGCAGUGAUCAUACAGAAUAUAUAGAUGUAUAUACACUAUAAGGCAAUGCUUUUUGUCUAGCAUAAUCUGUGCCCUCUUUUCCGUCAAUUCUAUUCAUACCAGGCACUGAGAUAUAAAGCAUCAAGUUUACAUCAAGGCCGACACUCCCCCUACCCCAGAAUGUUUUUCCUGUUAGGAACCAUUUUGUAAUUUUUUUAGCAGUAAUAAAUAUUGUCAUUAUUGUACAUAUCCCAUCCCAUUACAACUACCGCCAGUAAUGCUGUACUUUAUUAACACCGACUUGUGAUGCACAUAUUAAAUAAACAACUUUAACGUAAAAGUGAUCUAUUCUGGCAAAAAAAUUAGUUUAUUAUAUUUACUGAUAUUUAUGCUUCUAUUUUGUGUCAGCCUAAUCAUUUUAAAAUCCAUAGUUCUAUGACUAAUUAUUGUGUAAACUAAUGUACUUUGAUUGGGUCCAAUCAGUGACUAAUGUGGCGUUACUUGUAAACUUCUUUACAACGCUAUUGGUCAGAACACUCAGCAGGUGACUUCAAUACCCAGGUGUCCAUUUCAAAUCUAGGUUUAAUUUCAUCAUGCUAAUUAUUAUAAUAAGUGG